AUGAUGUGCAGUCGGUGUCCGGUCCGUCGUCUCAAAGACAUGAGGGGCCUCGGCGGUCAUGACGAGGAUGAGGAUGGUGAUGAUGAUGAUGAUAAUCGUACAUGUUGUCAGGUUCGAUCAGCGGGCAGCAGCUGUGACGCGUUCAGAGACAACCACUGUCUGGAUCAGAUGAUCAUCAUCUGUAGGAAGUAUGAGCAAACGCAAGAAGGUGUUUUAUUUUCCCAUGUUUCACAGGUAAAUGCACAGGGGAGAAAAGAGCCGUGCAGGGGAAAGUGGCUGCCGAUGACCUGCCUCCUGUUUUCCCUGGUGGUGUUCACUUUCCUGAUGGGAAAAGUUGGCAAAGACAGGAAAGAGGCACGGAACUAUGACGCUGACGUCUUUCCUUUAUCCCGAGCCGCGUGGCUGCUGGGCUCUCUGCUCUUCUGGACCAUCUGGUUGCUCCUGCGCCUCCUUCAGCUGAUGCUCUGGUUCAUCAAAGGGCUUCUGUGGUUCAUCUCCAUCGCCGCGUCUCCACUGUGCUGCUGUUUGUCCUUCCUUCUGUCCUGUGUCCUGCUGCUCCUGCACUACUUAUGUGAUGCUGUGUAUUUUGCCACCAGCAGCCCUGUGUAUGUUUACAGCAUGUGUCUCACUAUUGUAUUAUUUCUGUUCAUCUUCACAUUAACCUGUGGGAACAGAUAACAGCUGAUCUGCAAAACUUAUGGUCUCACUUUCAGAAAUAAUAACAAUAGUGUAUCAGAGGUGGAAAGUAAAGAUUUACAUUUACUGAAAUGAGUAGUUUUUUUGUGUGCUUGUUCUUUCUAAAGUCAUUUUAAAAUUUUGUAUUUUUACUUUUACUUAAGUAUGUUUUUUUGGAAGUACUGCUCUUCACCAAGUUUUAAACCACAUCCGUUACUGAGUAACAAAAUGUCAAAAUAUAAUGAAAUCACGCUCCAGAAACUUUGGCAGCGAACAGUGAGGACAGGUGAAGGAUGAGGACUGAGGACAGGUGAACGACGAGGACAGGUGAAUGAUGAUGAGGACAGAGGACAGGUGAAUGAUGAUGAGGACUGAGGACAGAUGAACGAUGAGGACAGAUGAAUUGGCCCUAAUUAAGGUCCCUUAUUUACGUUGCUUGUUCUUUCUGUCAGUACACGGAGAAGCUGGACCUGGAGCAGGUGAAGUCCAUGGAUUUAAAUAAACCGUUUGUGACGUCGGCCAUCUUCACUUUCACUCUACAAAAAGAGGUUGUGCUGCACAAGGUGUGGCGCCGAUGAAACGCUGGCACAUUAUUAUCUAUACAUUGUCUGUUGUCUGUGGAAACAAAGUUGUAAACAUGAGAAAAUGUCUUUCCCUUGCUUCGUGCGAUGGUGCAGGUGGACAAUCUUUCCACAGGAGAGGAGUGGAGGUGUUACCUUAUCUUCAAGGUCCCUGAGUGAGUGACAUUUGUGACCUUUGACCCAUUUUGACUGAUACAUUAUGUGCUUACAUAUUAUAUUUUGUCAGCACUUAAAUUUGUAAAGGUUUGCCUUUAAUUAAAAACAAUUCAUUUGUGAGA